UGAUUCAAAGUGGGGAGAGUACAAUACAUUGUGACACCACGUUGGCAGCGUACUACGUUGCAUUCAGUUUUAUUCUUACUUUACUUGUAAUGCAACUAAGUUUCGUUUUCCCACAAGCGGUGGCUGUUUCGAAGACAGACUUUUUUUCGAAAAAUAAAACGUGAAUGCGCGCGGUCGUUCGCUUUGCGCAGCACGUCGCUGUCAGUGUGUGUCGAGGCAGUCUCUCAAUCGGUCGCGGCGCGGUUCUGAUAGACACCGAAUCGCUGGGCGGUGCGUACGUGUCGACGGGCGCGUCCGGCGCUGACGGGGGCGAGAGGCGAGAGGGGGGCAAGCGCGGCCGCAGGCCCGGCAGGAAGUCGCAACUCGACAAGCAGGACAUGAAGGCGAAAUUGGAACGCAGCCGUCAGUCGGCGCGCGAAUGCCGCGCGCGCAAGAAGCUCCGCUACCAAUAUCUGGAGGAGCUUGUCGCCGACCGCGAGAGAUCUGUGCUCGCACUGAGGAAGGAGUUGGAUAAGUAUUACAAAUGGAACUUAGAGUUGGACCAAGGGCGCAUGCCUGAAGGCAUAGAAACAAUGCUUCAAGAGAUUGGUGUCUUGAAGCAAGAAGAAGUAAAACCUUACUAAUGGAUUGAUUACUCUUUUUUUUGUAUUAAAAUUGUAGUUUUUUAUGUUUAAGUAUUGGAUUUUUUUGUUUUUGAGAAUUAACUUUUUUUUUUGACGAUUUACAUUUUGUUUACUUUAUAAUACCUUUGUUUGUGUUGAAAAAUUUAUUUCCAAUGUUUUACGAAUAGUAACUUUUUGUUAGAUUUCAUAUUCGUCUUAACAAAUCUUUUCUAAUUGUAUUUAUAUCAGAGUUUGUUAAAACAUAUUAUACCAUAUAUUUUUGAAAUGUUAAAUUUAAUAAUAGGUAUAGUUAUGUAUUAUUAAUUAUUAUAGUCUAUUUGUAAGGUGUUAAGGAUUGUACAUAUAUUGAAUAUGGCGACUCUAAACAUGGUAAUAGAUUUAGUUAUUUUAAGAGCUUUUGGCUCGAUAAUUUAAUAAAUUGUUUAUUAAUAUUGUAGUAUUUUCACCUUUUAGUGAAGGUUUUGUAUUAUAUAAAAAAAAAUGUAGAAAUAGGAUACGUCAUUACAAAUGACAUAGCUACUCGUCAAGUAAGUGAUACAAUGGUAGUUUUUUAAACAAGCGAUUGUAUUUAGAGGUGAUAAGGUCUAAAACAUUAGUUUAAAAACAUAGUAGUGUAGUAGUAGUAGCAUAGUAUAAAGAGAACAAGUAAGUUAAAUUCGAACAUAUCGCGCCGUUUGUAUGUACGCAAGAUUGACGCACGCACACAACGACGCUCGGUUCCUUCUCAUGGACCAGUCUCAUUAGGGGCGCGCCAUUGCUGUGAGCGGCCGGUCUUUGUUAAAAAAUUAUUUAAAAUAUCAAUGUGACAAGUGACAACCCUGCGCCUCGCGAGUUAAGGUACCGUGCGCUCCUAAACGCCGGGAGUUGGCCUACUUGUUCUCUUUAUACUAUGAUAGUGUGUAGAUGAUUUUUUUAACAAUUCUAUUUUUUUUGUACAUAUAUUAUUGCGAAUCAAAUAUUCGCUGCUCCACGCCAAGAACCGCCAAUUAGGUUUAAGUAUGUAAUCAAGAAUUACAUGUAUAAUAAAUAAUGAACUAUAUAAAUAAGUGUCGUUCGUAAGUAAUCUUCAACAUGGAAUAGUAAUGAUAAUCAACUUUUAAUGAAUAGAUUAAAUUUCAUUGACGAAAAAAAAAUAUACAUACUAUUUUAGUAUUAUCCAAUUCUAAAUAUUUCAUUAAGUUCUCGAAUAUUUUUUAGAUUUGAAGAUGAUUUAUUGAACUAUACUUUUUUAUUAUUAUAUUUUAAGUUACCCAACAACAGAUUUUAACGACUUUGGUUUGUUGGAUUUAUCUCCGCUUGGAUAUGGAUAGGUCUUUUUGUAUCAUAGUUUAGAAAAAACAAUAUUCCAAUCAAUAUUAUCUAUGAAAUCAUUAUAUGAUUCAUAUUAGCUUAAAAUAAUAUUAAAAAUGUAACGUAAGGAUUCUCUUUAUAUUAUUUUAGCCCCUUUCAUUUACCAACCAAUAAACGUGUUUUUAUUAUAACUGAAAUAUUUUGUCACGUUCGUUCUCAUGUUAAAUAUAAUUGAGAGCGAAAGUAAACAGUUCUAGAGAUACUAUAAACACGUUUUAUGAGAUAGGUCGCCCUUUGUUGAAUAUUCGAAUUUAUUUUUUAUUAUACUUUUAAUCAAUAGAUUAUCCAUUUCGGUGUUGGUUUUUGUUUAUAGAGUUUAUUUUUUGUUGCAAAUGGGUUCAAAAUCUUUUUUUUUGUUAUUGUACAACUAUACACAGACAGUUUUGUAGUUAAUUGAUGUUUUAGUAUUUAAGGAUUAAAAAAUGAGGGAUGAUCACAAUUUCGUAGUUGCAUUUUAAUCAAAAUAAGAAGUAAGAGAUUUUGUAAAUAUAGAGGUCUCUGAAUAUCGCUUUUUAGUAUACAUAAUAAAUUAGACGAGGGGCGCCAGUUCGGAUUCUGCCAGACGGAAUUUCGUAUAUUCGGUAAAAAUAGUAUAGUAUGUUUCUAUUGUAAACAUAUUAAUGUAUGUGGAAUAGUGUAUUUUUUACCUAUUUGUUGCAAUUAUAUUUAGUUGAAGUUUAUUUUUAUGAGAUUUCGUACUUCCUGCGUUCAAUUAUUAGUUUUUAAGUUGAUUUUUUUACAAAAAUGGGUGUAAAUAAAUUAGCAUUUUAUGUUUUCUUUUUUAUAUUUUUGCAAACAGACACAAAUAUAAAUAAAUUACUAUCAAUGUUUUACUAAAAAUAGUUUGAUGAAUUGUUUCAGAAUAUUACACAAAACAAAAGAAACACUGAAACAAUCAAAAUCGAUGCAAAGUCGUGUUGUUUACGCCACUUAGAACUCACAAAUGGAUGAACGGAUUUGGAUUAGAUUUGUUUUCGCUUCCCUAAACAUAAUAUCAAGUAACAACUAUACAGUUUUUUAAAUACAUUGUAUUUGAUUUAUGUGUUUAAAAAAUUUAAAAUAUCUAUAUAAUUCUAUUUUAUUUGCACCCACAAGUUAUUUUUUGGUGGUCAAUAGUCUUUAGAGUAAUUUGUUUAACAACGGUUUUUGUCGGCAAUCCGCCUUGAUGGUCUAUCGAAAUGUAUAGAUGCGUUUUUUUUGUAAUUUAUGUAGAUAUAAGUUUAUAGCCGUUAACCUGAUUGAAAUGCAUAGUACUAAUCAGACAAAAAUUUACUUGGAUAUAUAAUAUCGUAAUGUCGACUGUCGACUCAGAGUAAAUGUUUGCGCACAGAGUAAAAAAUAAGACAUGUCUAUUGUCUACCUAAAGUAGGUAACUAAAAAGUAAUCCUUUUAUUUCUUCGUUAUUUUAAGUUUGUAGAUUUUUAUUUCUUGUUGUAGAAUAAUUAUCUACUAGUUAUUCGUCAGGCUGUAUUUUUUAAUUUUCUUUUAUACAACUGACUUACGACUUUAAAAAAAGACGAAAAAAUCUUGGAAAGCUUAUAAUUUAUGUUUAAAGUAGAUGUUUUUAGUUUAGAUGUUUCUAACCUCUAUCUCUAACUUUCAUAUUCACUGACGCUAUGGAAUAGUUAAAAACAAGUUUCCUUUGAUAUUUAAUUUUAUUUCUCUAUAUAUUUUAUUGUAUUUACCAUUUUGGUUUGUUUUACAAUUACAGACAGAUGAAGAAAUUAUUACUUAAUCUUGGUUAUCAAAGCCUGCUAUAAAAAAUUUCGAACCAACAAUAUAAUAUGAUGCGAAUAAAUUUAUGAUAUUAUAUUAAAACUAUUAAACAGUGAAGGAAAACAUCGUGAGGAAACUGAUAUGUCGAAGAAUCAAACGUUCAAUGACAUGACUGUGACAUCUGUCAACCUUGCCCAGCCUUGGCCAGCGUGGUGGAUUAUUGCCUGUACCUUCAUAUGAGGCUUAUGUUAUGUCAUAUAAUUAAACAACAAAAUGAUAAAUACAAUAAAAUAUUCGAUUAAAUUACUACUACAACCUAUGGCAAUCCACCUCAAAUAGUCAAUAAGGAUAGCAUUAAAUUUACUUACAUUGUACCAUUACAUCAUUUUUUAUGAAAUAACAUGGAUUCACUAAUGACUAAAACCAAACGCUUGCUGUAAAUAAUGCAUAGUUUUACUUUUACUAAUAAGUAGAAACACUACAUUUAAGACGAUUGUUUAUAUAAUAAUGUUAUCACUCUAUAAACUUAUUAUUAUAGAUAUAUAAGGUAUAUUAAUACGGUUUAUUAAUUUAAGUAUACAAUAGUUCUUGUGUUAGUUUGCCAGAUAGUUGCGUUUUUUAUUAUUUUAUUUUGUAGCGACUAGUGUUUCAUUUAGCCGCAUGGCAUCAUUUUUAAAUCGGUUUCAAAUAAAAUCCAAAAUGCUUCUAAAUAAGUAAGUUGUAAUCGUAAAUUAAUAAGAAGGAUAUAUCUUGUUUUUUUGUUUUGUUUCUUGUUAUAAUUUAGGGUUAAAAACAAUGUUUACUUACUAAAGAAAGCUUAUGUUUAACAUAAUAUAUUAUAAUUUGAUUAUUAUAAAGUUAUAUGCAUGUACCUAAUAUAUGUGAAAAAAUAA